UCUCGCUUACAACGCACCCCACCUUUGAAUCUACAAUCAUCUGGCAUGGCUGCGUUUACUAGGGUGCCUUAUUCAGACCUAGUAACGAAGAUGCUUUGACCGGCCUACUGUGCGCUUUUGUGGUCUCUUCGAGGACUGCGAUGGUAUGACAAACCUGGUAAUGGAAGAUGCUGGUGUUGAAUGGAUAAGUUCGAUGACAUGAGUCGAUGUAUGAAAUUUACGAUGCAUUUUGUCGUCUUCAUGGUGGUUUGAUUAGGAGAUGGUGUUGGGUAUAUAAAGUCAAAAACUUGAGACUUUGUUAAUGUACAAGUUGUCAUAUAGCAAUGAAGUUCAUGACAUCUGAGCUUGGCUUUGGACCACGAUGGCAAACCUAACCAUCCUACGCAGCUACGCAAGCAAACUGCCAAGCAGUCUCCCACCCUCUGUUCUCUUCAGCCACACCGACACAACGCUCACCAUCUACGAUGCAUUUCCAAAAUCCAUCUUCCACUUUCUCAUCCUCCCACGCGUCCAGACCGAUUCGCCGCUAGAUCUUUCCAGUCUGAAAUCACUCCUCAAACGUGAUAAGAUGCGUGCCAAAGAGGUUGUGGAGAGUCUGAGCGACGCUGCGGCGGCGCUACGAAAAGAAAUCGAGGAAGAGAUGGUCAGGCGGUACGGCUUCAAGUGGGGGAUAUGGACCGGGUUUCAUGCUGCGCCUUCGAUGGAGCAUCUCCAUCUCCACGUCCUCUCUGCAGACUUCUGCUCAUCGAGGAUGAAAAACAAGAAACACUACAACACAUUUCAUCCUAAACUUGGGUUUUUCUUGGAUAUCAACGAGGUCCUGUCUUGGUUUGACGCUGACCCGUCUUAUUUCUCUUCAAUGGCCAAACUGGAUCCUAAAGAAUACGAAGCUCUUUUGAAAGAACCUCUAGAGUGCUGGCGCUGUGGAAAUGAGAUGAAGAACAUGCCCAUCCUGAAAGCACAUCUCCAAGAAGAAUGGGACAAGCAGGCCGCUCAAGAGAAAGCCAAACUAGAGAGGAAACGCAAAUUUGAGGCUAGAUCACAUAAAAACGACGGCGAUGAGCAUCACGAUAAGAAACCGAAACCAGAAAGCGAAAAUGUCCACACUCUAUGACGAGUCUACUAAAACACAAUGUUGUACUUUGAAAUGCCUAUAAGUUUCUAGCGUCGUACAGAACUUGGUCUAUAGGUUACUGUUUUAAGCUUUGUGCUCACUUGGCGGCGGCAGCGCUGGCCUUCAGUUUUUCAGCUCGGGACUUUUCACUGGCACGACGAAUAGCCCAGGUCAAUUCGUAAGUCCUGACCGCAUCUGAA